AUGAUGUGCGCCAGUGUUAUGAUCGCCGGCGACGGGAUGGAACAGCUUAAAGGGAAUGCAGGUGGCGUGAUGCUUUCGCACGAAGUGCAGGAGGCGUACCAUAUGUCGCCUAUGAACUGCACCAGCAGUCCCGCAAGAACGUGUGCCUCCACUCCAGGGCGCAUGUUGCCAUUAGCGGACUAUGAUUAUUCCAACGUUGAGCAUUGGUCGGCGCCAAGCCGCAUGUCGAUUCCGAAUGAACCACAGUGGGCCUACAACAUUCACCCCGCGUACAACUUUGGGCAAAGCAACCCACCCGUGGAUAUCCUUGCGGAAUAUGCACAAUACCACGACACCAUUGCCGCUCAGAAUCGUAAGAUUAUGGAAAUGCAGUACCAAAUCGAGCAGAUGCAAGCGCAAUAUUCUCAGUACCAGUGCUUGUUCUCUGCAGCGAACCAUCCUCGUUAUAUAGAGUUGGAGUAUGGUGACGACCUUAAUAAACCACUGUUGCCGCCUUCUCCGAUAGGAAGCAGCCCCCCGCCCACCCCUUCACCCGCAGCGUAUUUUGGAUACGACAAUGGUUAUUUGCUUCCACAUGACGCUACUGAUGGAAACCCGCAGUCUUUCAUGUCCUACGGUGCAACUGCUCCAUGCACGCCGUCGCAUACCGACUCCCCUACGAUGAGCGUUAAUACGACCCCUAACAAUGUGGACACGAGAUGCAUGUUUUCGACUAUGGAUGGUGCUGCUAAUGUCUAUUACACGUCCCCUGAGGGAGUUGAAAACUGUGUCGACGAUUCUACGAAGCCAGUGCUCUCACUAUGUUCUAUGGCGAGCGUGAGCACCGUGGAUCUGAUGAACGAGGAGGUAUACCGAGGCAUGGGUGCUGAAUUCGCUGGUGAUGAGGCGGACAACAAUUUAUGCGUUGUACGAAAGCGCAAGUGGUCCAUCGAAGAGGAGUACACUGCUUCGCCACCCCUCGCAAAUGAGAGAAAAAGGCGAGUGUCGGUUGACGUGUCGAUAACCGAUGUCAUGCGACAGCCACAGCGUCCCCAUUUCAACCCAUAUGAGGAAUGUUUGACCCCCGCACUGAUUCCAUCCCCUCCGACUUGGAGAUUUGAUAAUAACGUUGCCCCGUCGGUGAUGGGUAUUCCAAACGUUUGCUAUCCGUUCCCCAGCAUCCCGCCAUUUGCUACGGAGCCGGUAGUCAAUGGUCAAAUAAACCACGAUUACUACCGCCGCGAUUUCUACUCUACAGUUUGGGAACAAGGUUACAACCACCUGUUUCCGGAGAGCACUGUUUUGUGGUACCCCAAGGCCAUGGCGUCUCUUCCGUUAUCCCACGGAUCGACUGGAAUUGUUUCGUGCACAACUGGGGGCGGUAGCAUAGACAACCAAAAUGCAGUAGAGAUAAAAGGCGAUGCAGAGUGUACCGUGGUGCACCAAUCUCCUACAUACGCCUGCCAAAAAGCACCGUCAACCACUGAGCUGCUGGGCGCUACCGGCAGUGAUGAGUACAAUGAGUUAACUGCUCAACUUGGCAAUGAUGCGCAGUUGUGCCGCAGAAUGAACGGCUCCACUGAAGAGUGCAUGCGCCCUCGAAACAAGAAGGGGAAAGCGCAUCGGCCGGUUGUUUUGCCGAACAACGAAAAGAAACGUGAGAUUGAAGCAGCAAUCAAAAGGAUGAUCGAGUUGAACAAAGAGCAGAUUGAGAUGGUCGAAGCUUUGAAAGCGCUCGAGGUCGGCGGCAUGAUGGUGAUCCACAAGCGCAAGACCCAAAAGGAUUCUGCCAUGGAGAUCCGUAAAGCCACCAAAUGCUACGACUAUCUGCUGGACAUCCCUCUAACUGCGGAGCCCGAUCCCGAGUUGGGUGAGCAGCAGUUCAAGUGUCUGGUGCCGGGCGUUUACUGGGAUAAGCGUUCGUGGAUAGCAUCUUGGUACGAAGACGGAGUCCGCCACUACAGUAGUUUUUCCGCUAAAAUGCACGGAUUUUAUAGGGCAAAGUACUUUGCCAUCCAGGUGCGGAUGUACAAGACUCAAAAUCACACCAAUCUACUGGAUGAGGAAGCUGUAGAAAAGGAGCGCCAAAAUCUUAUAGAUUGUUAUGGACAGUUUCCAUGCUAG